AUGUCGCUCAUCUUCACGAUUUUCGCGCUCGUCUUUCUGACUGAGCUCAUCUCAUGGAUCGGCAAAACUGUCCUCCUUGAAUUCGCAUGGGAUCUCUACACCAAACUUUUCAUGAAUGCCUCAUACACCCGACAGCGCCAACUGCAAGCCGAGCUCCUUACAGCGAAGAAAGAGCUGCUACAAACAAGCGCACAGGAUCAAUUUGCCAAGUGGGCGAAGCUGAGGAGAAGCGUUGACAAAGGGCUAGCAGAACUUGAGAAGCUCAAUGGAGAGCUUGUGUCCAGCAAGACUGCAUUCUCACUCAAGUUCAACACACUGUUGUGGGUCCUUACGACAGGGCUAUCAUUCUUCGUUGGCUGGUGGUACAGAAGGGCUGCAGUAUUCUACCUGCCUCCUGGUUGGCUUGGUCCACUUGGCUGGUGGAUGGCGUUCCCUUUCGCACCCAAAGGUUCUGUGAGCGUCGGGGUGUGGCAAAUGGCCUGCCGCAGAGUUAUUAAAGUCGGAGAGCGCACGGUGAAAAAUAUUCUUGCACCCUCUGAACCCGUCGCUGUCCCAGUUGAAAUGGAGACCCGUUCCAAGAGCUCGUGA